AUGGAUCCCCGAUCGUUUCAAUGGAUUUCACCGUAUCCUCACCCGUCCGAGUUAAUACGAGAGCAUCAGCGACCAACAGUCCUUCAACAUACGCAAUUCGAUCACAUCGAAGCAGCAUCCAGUUCAAAUUUCUUCUCUCCUUUCACCAUAACUUCAAGUUUCCCCUUCCAAGAGCUCGAUUAUCGUCUUCAUGAUGGUUCGUCCAUGGUUCAUCCACCAAAUAUCGCUGAACCUGCGGUGGUUGAGCCACCGCCGAUGGAAGUGACCGACUUGCAAAAGGACAUACCAGAACUCAAAUCAUUCACCUUGCAAACGCCAAGGAGCGUUACUGACCACGAUUUUUCCUUAUUUAAUCCCUCUGUGUUUCAAUACCCAGUUCCAAAUGCAGAUCCUGGGCAGUUCCUGUCCAAAAAGGACGUAAAGGAUGACUACAGCGGUUACUCAACACAGCCUUCACAAAAUUACUCUACAAAUCCACCGUCUGCUCAGAUGUUACGAACGUUUACGUUUGCAAAACAAAGCGAUAAUGCUCCCGGUACAACACAAGACUGCCAGGUUUGUCACUCCACUCACGCCAAUGGUCUACACUUUGGAGCUCGCACAUGCGCUGCUUGUGCAGCAUUCUUCCGUCGGACAAUCAGUGAUGGCAAGAAAUAUGUAUGCAAAAGGAGCCAGCGAUGUAACAAUCCCAGCAGAGAUGGUGAGUUUUAUCGUUGAAG